CAGCUCUUUUACUCGCCUUUAUAGAGCUUUGUGCGCUCUGAGACUGUUACGUCGAACCCCCUUGGAAAGUCUCCCACCUUUGCCACUCCAGACCACGAAGACCGUGUCCAUUGACGUCGCACAGAUAUCGUUGAUGACCGUCCGCGACUUCCUUCCCUCAAAUCCUCCUCCUAUUUACCUCCGUUCUGCGCCGCUUACCUCCGUUAACGCCUGCUCCACGACAUCAUGGCAGCGAACGAUCGCAUAGCGCAACUUAUGAGUACAGAAGACACUUCCGCUCCGACUGACAUAUCUCGUGCUACUUCGCCGGGUGGAGGCUGGCGAUCCACAAACGGACAUGUGUACGGGGAAGACAGAGGCAAACUCGAGGAUCGGAGUCGGCCUCGGACGUUUCCAUACUUCAGAUACCUUCCAUAUACCACAGAGGAUCCGUCAGUGAGCCAGGAGAAUCUCCAAACAUGCAUCGAGCACCUGUAUAUCGCGGUGGCGGCAGGCGACUUUGCUCCUGGGGCAGUACACUGGACAAGAGAGAUUCGGGGGUGGCUGUCACUAAAGUUCGACAUGCCGCGGGAUGUGAGGAUAAGCCUGGUUAAGCUAUACUAUGAACUUGCGCUUGCCCCUGGCCUGGACUACCUGGUUGCAGAGCGUUUUGCCAGCAUGUUUAUGGUUUUGACAAAACGCAAGCACUACCUGCGGCCCAAUAAAGACUUGACGCUCGAUUGGAGGCCGCUGUACAAGGAAUUGAAGGUGUUUGUUCUUCCUUCAGAAACAGGAACCUCGAGACCAGCCAAUGUGAAACGAAACAUUCGAACGUUGACGAAACUCUGCACAUUCGCACAGCUCUACUUCGACCCGCAAGAGAUACCGAAGAUGUUUGAAGAAUUCCUUCCAUUUUUUAGCACUUCUUUCACCGAAGAGGCAUACGUCGUGGUUGGGUUGCUAAACCUUCUCUUGCCCACGAAUCCUCCACCGGAAGGGCAGAAAGAGCUAUAUCCUCAACAUUUUCUACCCACAUUCUUCCAUAUAUGGUCGCUGAUCAACAGAUCGAGACUGUUCGAUAUUCAGUUUCUCGACAUCGCCUCCCGAAUGGCACGCGACACCCUGACAGUUGAACACAUUCCAUUUUCCCACCAUGGUAUAUUUACUGCAGAGCAAUCGGAGCUAAUAUUUACAGCUAUAUUGCGGAUGCUGGAGAUUCCAGUAGGGCAGGCCACUUCUCCUUAUAGCAGUACAGUAGAUCUCAUGGCGGGUUUGGCUAUUAUGCUAGAUCGGGAUCAACGAAAACAUCCUAUCGCUCACCAUAUUGCACGCUGGAUCGUCAUGUCCCUAUCGCCUGCUUGUCUGACACAUCCUGAUUCUAUCCUGGUGAAGCUGGAAGGACUAAUACAAGCCAUCGAAACAUUCUUUCAUCCUUCAAACUCUGGAAGCUGGACGAAAACACUGUCUCAGCUUGUGUUUUACUUGGCAGACUUCUUCGUCAUGAGAUGGAAUCGAGAGCAUAGCGGCGAGAUGGAAGUUCCAGAGUCACGGAGGCUUACUGCGCCGUUGCGAAGGCGAUUUGUGCUGUGCUUGAGGGAGGUUGUCUUUAUGGGAAUAUUUGCCAAAAGCGGUACAGCUAUGAGCUACUCUCUGCAAACUCUCCAAAGCCUUGCCUACCUUGAGCCGAACCUGAUCCUUCCAGGAGCUUUGCAGAAAAUAUAUCCCGCCAUGCAAGGUCUUGUGGAGGUGCAUAGGACGAUAUCCUCAAUUAGAGCUUUGCACAUGCUUUCGAAGAUUAUGGCACGCACAAAGGGCUUCAGGUGUCACGUCACAGCUGUCUUGGGUCUGGCUCUUCCGGGUAUUGACGCGAAUGAUUUGGACAAGACGCUCCACACGCUGUCGUAUAUCCAGGGUGUCUGCUACGUCGUUCCCUUCCACGACUUGACGAAAGAGCAAAAACAGAUCAACGGGUCUAGCAACGGUCACAGAGAAGGUGCAGAGACACCCAUCGAAGAGCCAGUUGACACUACGAUUGCCAUGCAGUGGAUCACGUCUCAAGUGGAGCGCCUCGAGAACGCAGGAGCAGGGAUCGAGAUUGAUUACAACGAGGAGUUGUCAGAUCAUGAGGAAGAGUUGAUCCUACGAUCGUCCACGACAGGGCUGUCGGAGUUUCUGAGUUCGUUCUUGGGCCGUGUAUUCACCCUGUUGGAGAACCUUCCGGAUGCCUCGCGAGUAAGAAGUGGCUCACCAGAGGAGAACGUUGUCAACACGCUUCCCGCAGCAAUGACUCCACUUCUUGCAGCUCUAUCGCCUGAGCUGUACGAUCUCGCUCUGGAGAAGAUUGCCAAUUUCGUUACCAAUCAUGUUAUACACCAAGCGCGAGAUGCAAUGGCGUUCAUUUGCAAUGGUCUGGUCAAGAUAAACCCGAAAAAGGCCCUUAAACGGCUAUUGCCUGAGCUCAUUGCACGGAUCAGAGAAGAGAUUGACGAGAACGGCGCUGGGUCUACUAGAACAACCGGUUCAGAAGUAUUCCCCAGGGAUCGCGCCUUGGUGUGGAAUAUCAGCCUGCUGAGCAUGUGCGUUGUGCAUAUUGGCGAUGCCGUCCUUGAUUGGCGACAGGAACUCUUCGAUAUCGCCCUAUUCAUGCAGGAGCGAUGCAAGGGUAUUCCUACCGUCCACAUCUCCAACUUCAUACACCACCUCCUGCUCAAUCUUACCAUGACCUAUACGAUCGACUAUGCGAUAUACGAAGAUGAGCAGGUAGAGUCCGGCUUGAGCGCAAAGAGUUGGGGCCACAUACCAGACCCCAAAAGCCUGGAUGUGAAAUGGCACAAGCCACGUCCCGAGGAGGUAGACUUUGCCGUUGAACUGUUCAAAUCGCAGGCAAACCACGCCAUAACAGCUUUAAAUGCGUUAACUGGAGACAAGUCACCUAUAAAGCGUGAUGGCACUGGUAAAGACUGGUCUGACGAGGUUUCGAGAAACCUUGUCCUACUCCGUCUCAUUCUAUCAGGGAUAUCAGUUCUUUUCGAUCCGAAGCAUCAACUGGGCGACGACCAUAUGGACAUCGACGACACAUCGACCCAGGCGAAUGGAGCUGAUACUGAAGGCCUCGAAGAAGAUGGGGGCCUCGGGGAGGCUGAAGAUGAAGAGGUCAAGCCAACGUUUCAGUACGAGUCGGGCUACCCGUUAGAGCGCGGAGGCUCACAAUACAAUAUGAUCCACGAACUUCGACGAGAUGUUGGCGAGACGCUUCAUUGUGUCCACGACUUCUUGACCACCCAGCAAGAAGAUGACGUACCGUGUUUCAAUUCCCUCUACAACGCCUACCGCUCGUGGUUUAUUGAUGUUGGUAUCGAACGCUCCGCACAUGUUCUCGACAGAGUCCAACGUCUGCUACAAGCCGACGUACACCCAUUCAAGUUCAGCGGACUUCGGAAAGACUAUCCUCGUCCUCUGCUCGUACGUCGCGCCAACGUGUACCAUCUGCAGCGCCUAAGGCACAAUGCAAAUCCUCGGCGCAAGACGGAGCUGGAGAAGAUUCUGUUACUAGAUUUGGCAUACUCGAGCGUAUCACUCUACACCGAAAUCAGACGAACUGCGCAGACGGCCAACGAAUCUGCGGUGAAAUGUAUCAUCGGAGCUCGACCUGUCGUGAUCCCGCCUCUACUCACAGCAUUGGAGAAAGCAGUGAAGGAGAAUGACUUUCCCCGGAUCAAGGGUGCAAUGUUCUCCCUCUUGUUCGGUAGUCUGGCAAAGACCAUCAGCCGCGACUGGCGGUUCACGCCCACUUUGAUCAAGGCCUUUAUAGAAGUCACCGGGGCUGAUAAGCCGUCCGUUCAAAAGCUUGCGUCCAACGCUACGUUCUCGGUAAUGGACAUGGGCAAACCCCUGGAGCGCAUGGUGAUUCUUGAUCAGGACAUUGUGGAAGGGAUUGCCGUGGCUUUUGAGAACCGCGAGUCGCCAGAGACGCAGGAUAAGAUCUCAAAACGACGCAACUUUAUCAAGAAGAAACGUACGAGGAUUGAAACUAAGAAGACGCAAUUGGCGAUUGAUCUGAUUGAACUUGCGCGAACGUCGCAUUGGAAGAAGGCAAGUCGCACGACAGCCAUUGUCGUCAAUCUUGGCACUCGUUUUGACAGCCUGGCAUCGCGGGAGUUGGUCGAUUUGAUCACCAAGGGAGCCAUAGAUCCGCAUCCGAGUCUCCGGGGGCUGUAUGCUGGUGCCUUAGUUGGACUGUUCUCUCUGAUCCAGACGCGGGCGCUGACUUUUCAUGACUAUGAGAAUUACCUUCUCGGCGAAGAGGAGCUUCCCGAUAAGACCGAGGUCCAUACAGGGCGUGGUGAUUCAGCCUGGACUCGGGAGUAUCUUGAAAGCUUUGCAAAGCCUGAAGCCAAGUACUACGUUGACUUCAACUACCCGGGAUGGCUAGUCUGGAACAAGAAGAUGCCGGUCUUCAAACCGGAGGCUCCCCCGCUCGACUAUGACGAGGUCGAAAUCAACACCCGCAAGCAGAUUGGCAAAUUGCUUGAUCGGCACUGGUUCUCGAUGUUUUUCGCAUAUAUGAAGCAGGAACCGAGAGAUUCGGGCGCUGAUCGGUUCAGGAUGUCGAGUGCGAUGAUGCUCACGCACGCUUUCGAGCUCGUCUUCGCCGGGCUUGCGGAGGCCAGCUUUGAGGAUGUCAAGGAUCUCACACAGUCUGUCUUUGGGGACGGAAGUGACAAACAUCAGCACCGAGCGACUGCGGAGAUUAUGGGAGCCUUUCUAUGCUGCGCACCGGACCUCAGGCCCGAGCUGCGGACAAAGGUUUGGGAAUAUACGUUUCCGCUCAUUCGGGACAUCUUCAAAGAUGGACUGACGCCGGAGAACUCGAAUUACUGGACGACGUUCCUGCAUCUUGUGCUCCAAGGCAAAGACCCGCGCCGUAGCUGGCCGCUCAUAGACUGGCUUGCUAGCUUCCGCCUCGACAUGACAUCGAACGCAGCGUUCAAGGAGAGCUCGAAGAUCCAGCUGUUGCAGCAGGCCAUUCUGGAUGCAGGCUGGCACUUUCAGCUGGAGAAGCCGAUCUUGGAAGACUUUAUGAAACACCUAGACCACCCUUACAAGGGAGUACGGGAGGCAAUGGGCACUACCAUUGCCAGUAUCCACAGGACUCGAUACCACGAGGCAUACCCAGACAUUGACAGCUUGAUGCAAGCGCAGCGUGAAUCGUCCUCGAUUGGUAUCCGUCCGUACCAGCCGAGCAAGGAGUAUGCCGACACCGUUACUGAGGUCUUUGAAAGGCUCGAAAGGUGGAGAAGGGAACGAGAGCCUGGGCAGCAGGCGCCGUCGUCGUACACGCAGGGCGGUAAGACGGUGCUGCUCUGGCUUGACUCUACGCUCGCCUCGUACGAGUGCACACAGCUCAUCCAGUUCUUCCCGAACGUGUUUACGGAGCAGCUGCUCCACAUGAUGGACAUUAAGGAAGACCCCGAGCUGCAGUCUCUCGCAUACCAUGUGUUCCGCCACAUGCCAAACAUCCCCCACCGUGCUGGCGAGGACGAGGAGUUCAUCUCGGCCCUCAUCCGCAUCAGUCGCAAUGCAACGUCGUGGCACCAGCGCCUCCGCGUGCUCAUCAACAUGCAGAUCAUAUACUUCCGCCGUCUCUUCCUCAUGUCCGAGAAGCAGCAGCAAGCGCUGUUUGACUGCGUAUCGGCCAUGCUUGCGGAUGCACAGCUCGAGGUCCGCCUGGGGGCAGCAACGACGCUGUCCGGCAUGAUCCGCUGCUCACCCCUCCACCUGCGCGACCGGAUGGUGAAGAAGUUCAAAGACCAGUUCACGGCCACGCUUCGAAGGAACCCACUGCCCAAGAAACGCAUGCCAGGCACGCCGACGCCAGACCACAGCAAGCUCAUCCUGACGCGGCACGCCGCGGUGCUGGGGCUGGGCGCGCUCGUGCAGGCCUUUCCCUACACGAGUCCGCCGCCCAGCUGGCUGCCGGAGGUGCUCGCGACGCUGGCGCUGCGCGCGGCAAACGACGCGGGCACGGUCGGCAAGAGCGUCAAGACGAUCCUGGCCGACUUUAAGAAGACGAGGCAGGACACCUGGCACGUGGACGUCAAGGCUUUCGAAUCCGAGCAGCUGGAGGACCUGGAGGGCGUGUUGUGGAAGAGCUAUUUCGCAUAGGCGGAGUGGGGGUGAUGCCUGUCUGCGCCUGGGCUGGGCCUGCCCGGUCUGUUUGGCCUGUUUGGCC